AUGGCUCCAGGGUCAUGGUUCUCUCCUCUCUUCAUUGCUGUGAUCACUCUGGGCCUGCAGUGGCCACAGGAAGCUGCCACCUUCCCAGCCAUGCCCCUUGCCAACCUGUUUGCCAACGCUGUGCUGAGAGCUCAGCACCUUCACCUCCUGGCUGCCGAGACAUACAAAGAGUUUGAACGUACCUAUAUCCCAGAGGACCAAAGACACGCCAACAAAAAUUCCCAGGCGGCAUUCUGUUACUCAGAAACCAUCCCUGCUCCCACGGGGAAGGACGAUGCCCAGCAGAAAUCGGACAUGGAGCUGCUUCGCUUUUCCCUGGUUCUCAUCCAGUCCUGGCUGACCCCAGUGCAGCACCUAAGCAAGGUGUUCACAAACAACCUGGUUUUUGGCACCACAGACAGAGUGUAUGAAAAACUAAAGGACCUGGAAGAGGGAAUCCAAGCUCUGAUGAGGGAGCUGGAGGACCGGAGCCCGCGGGGUCCCCAGAUCCUCAAGCCUACCUACGACAAAUUCGACAUCCAUCUGCGCAAUGAGGACGCCUUGCUAAAGAACUACGGCUUGCUCUCCUGCUUCAAGAAGGACCUGCACAAGGUGGAGACUUACCUGAAGGUGAUGAAGUGCCGGCGCUACGGGGAGGGCAACUGCACUGUUUGA